CCUCCCCUCCUCCACCGCCGUCGUCGUCUCCGUCCACCCAACCAUGGCCAGCACCGCCGCCGCCGCCGCUGCGGCGGGGGAGACCGCUCUGGCGGUGCCUCCCGCCGUGGUUUCCGCCGCGGAGGACACGCUCGCGGCCGCCGAGUCCGUCGGGGACCGCCUUGCCGAGCUGGUCGCUGCGGCGGGCGCGGACCCCGACGCCAUCGCCGAGCUCCCGCCGCUGCGCCGCGCGCGCGCGUUCCUCGCCAUGGCGCAGGCCGCCACCUCCCUCUUCGCAGCGCGGCUUAGGUGUUCGGGAGUUGAUCCGGAUGAACACCCUAUCAAGAAGGAAUUCGAGAGGUUAAGCUUGUGGGAGGAAAAGUUAAAUCGGUUUGAGGACUGGGACAAGGCACCAUUGCGUCCAACCACUACUGUGAAUACACAGGCAGCAGCAAGGUUCAUUGGUCACUCGUUGUCCCAUUUGACAGCUGAUCAGAAGAGGAGCAUGCAGGCAAUCAGUAAAGGAGAAGGAGGGAGUUACUCUGGGAACAAAAGAAAACCACAGCCCCCAUUUCAAAAUAAGAAAUCUGUUCGUGCUGCCACAGAAGAAUUCCUUGCAAAAGCUGCUCUGGAGCUUAGUGGGCAUAAUGGUAGCAAGGUGAAGGGCCCUAUUAGACUCAUCUCUGAUGAAGAUGAGGACUAAGAUUAUGUAUAAUUGGUUUUAUCCAGAGAGAUCAAAUAGUAGCUGCCUACUUCAAAAACAUGGACAGCGUGGAAAACUCUUGGGCAAUGAAGAAAAUUUUGCUUACAGUUUUGCUGCGGUGUACAUGCCAAGGCAAAAUGAAGUAAAAGCUUGAUGUAAACUGUAACAUUACCUUUGCUCUGAGAGCAAUGUUGUAGUCCAGUCUGAGAGCCGUUUUUAGAAGGAAAUUUGGACUGCUCUUAGUUAGAGCAACUGGAAUAAUUAAGGGCCAUAAUCUAAUGGUUUGGGCUUGUGCAACGCACCCUAGUGAUUAGUGUUCGUGUGACCCUUGAGUGCUACUGGCAGUUGUCCAUUGCUGAAGAUUUCUAGUGGUGCUUGAUCAUGUAUAACAUCGCUGAAGUACUUGGAUGUUGCCCAAGUGUCUUAUCCAUUUUUUGUGAUUGCUUGCGGUAUGAGUUAAUGUACUAGUUUGUACAUGCCGUACAUGCCAAUAAUUAUAUGUUGUAGCACAGGAUAAUACGCUUCAAUCGACUUGGUCCUAUUGAAUGUUUGGACGUUUAUUAUGGUUGGGAUAAGGGAUU